AUGACGGGCAUUCAGUCAAAGGGCAACCCAGCAAACCAUGGCGCUAAGCUAGAGUCGCACUCGGAUUUGUCCAGGUCAACUGCGCCGUCGCCUUUACGAAAACCGAAAGCCACCACGGCAGAAAUGAAUGGACGAAAGGAGUCAUCGGAUAGCUGUGUCCACAGUAUUGCAAGCAUUGCAGCCACGGCAGUCCAGGCUACGCUUGGGCAUUGGACGAAUGUGUUUCUGAUGAUAUCGUUGAUUUUUGGAGGAUGCUGUGCGAACGUUUUCGCACUCGAGGCUAUAAUCAAGGAUCGACCAAGUGCAGGGCCAUUGAUAACAUUUGCCCAGUUCAUUUUAACUGCGCUCUUUAUGUUACCGAACUUUCUUUCCCUGUCCGCGGGUUUUGGGUCUUUUUUUGUCAACAAGCGCUGCAUUCCACUGAGAUCAUGGUUUGUUUAUACGGCAUUUUUUAUAUCGGUCAACCUGCUGAACAACUGGGCAUUUGCGUACCGAAUCUCGGUGCCUCUGCAUAUAAUUUUGCGGUCUGGAGGCCCCGUCGCCUCAAUGGUCGUUGGCUAUAUUUACUCGGGGAAAAGAUACUCACGGGGCCAGAUCCUGGCAGUAACUUUGCUCACCUUUGGAGUCGUCACUUCGGCACUGGCAGAUGCGCAGGCCAAGGGUCAGUCGAUCCAGAUUGGAAUCGACAAGGACUCUACCAUAUCCCGAACUGUUACUGGAUUCGCUAUCCUUGCCCUGGCAAUGAUACUCUCUGCCUUUCAGGGAAUAUACGCGGAUCGAUUGUAUGAAACAUAUGGGAGGAAUCACUGGAAAGAGGCCCUCUUCUACUCCCAUAUGCUGUCACUGCCACUCUUUCUCCCAACGUUCCCACAGAUCUGGGGCCAGUGGCGCGCGUUGAACUCCUCACCGUCCUUAUUUUCCCAUAGCAAAGCUCUGGCCGGUCGCGUGGGAUUAGAUCAACUCUCCUGCGACCACACAGCUGUUGUAGGGGAGUCGUGUGGGACAUCCUUGCAACAUACUCUAAUCCAACCCGUCCUCCAUAUACUCGACGCCCUGCACGAUCACGAUCGACUUCGGCCUAUCGUAACUGGUAUUCCAGUCCAAGUGUUUUAUCUUCUGCUAAAUGCCCUGACUCAAUAUUGGUGCAUUCGUGGGGUGCACCUUCUUUCCGCCAAGUCGUCAUCCUUGACUGUUACAAUCGUAUUGAAUAUCAGAAAACUUGUUUCCCUUCUGUUAUCCAUACGUCUCUUCGGGAACUCUUUGUCACAUGGUGUUCUCGCAGGUGCUGUACUUGUCUUUGUGGGCGGAGCCAUAUACGGCUUUGAAGGCGCGCGGUUACGAAGAACGCCAGUCAAGAGGGAUUAA